ACCAAAACGGAAAACGAUAUUCUCACGUUUGAAAGUACUUGGUUAAGUCUUGUUAUUAUAUUUUAGUUUCGAACUAUUGAUUUUUAUCAGUUUCUUGAAGGAAAUAGCUCUUAAAGACUAUGGCUAUGAAUAAAUUUAUGCAUCCUAGGAACAGAUAUCGUAGGCCUCCGGAUUUUAAAGCCCUAGCUAUUAAAUAUCCAGAAUUCAGGAAGUAUGCCCAACAGGAUAUCACUGGAAAAGUCUCUUUCAACUUCAAAGACGCGGAGGCACUUCGAGCUUUAACACGCACGCUGCUCUUAGAAGAUUUCAGCCUUGAUGUUGAAAUCCCUCUUGGCAGACUGAUACCUACACUUCCACUCCGCCUUAACUACUUGCUGUGGAUUGAGGAUAUUUUGGAGAGCAACAAUCGAGUCUCUGAGGUCAUUGGCAUUGAUAUAGGAUGUGGCGCAAAUUGUGUCUACCCAUUGUUGGCAGCGAAGCAGUUCGGUUGGCGGAUGUUGGCUACCGAGGUGGAUAUGGAGAGUGUCUUCAUCGCUGGUAGAAACGUCAAGAAGAACAAGUUGCAAGAUUUGAUAACAGUUCGCAAUGUGAAAGACAAUCAAAUGCUGGAUGGAGCCUUGGAUGAUGAUAAAACAUACGACUUCUGUAUGUGUAAUCCUCCAUUCUUUAGUUCUGCAGAAGAAUUAGACCCGAAGAAUAACGCUCGGACACAGAACAGACCAGAACCACGCAACGCUCACACUGGAGCGACCACAGAGCUGGUGGUUCCUGGCGGAGAAAUAGCCUUCAUCACCAAUAUUAUAAAUGACAGUGUCCUGCUCAAGGCCAAAGUCAGGGUCUACAGUGUGAUGGUGGGUCACAAGACUAGUGUGGGGAAAGUAAAGCAGGUUCUAGAGACAGCUGGUGUGCCCUCGGCUUCUGUUGUGACGACAGAGUUCUGUCAGGGACAAACGACCAGGUGGGGUAUUGCUUGGACUCUCGAUCCAGCGAUUACACUCCCCCACAUUGAGAUGAAGAAGAAGAAGCCUACUUCAUUCAGCCAGACAUUCAAGUCUGAUUUGAACUCCACAGUAGAAAGACUGAAGCAGUUGCUGGAGGAAUUGCAGAUAACCUACAAGUUUUUGAAGUCCACACAAGGUUUGUACGCAAUGGAAAUCAUCGCAACUAACAACACAUGGGCCAAUUCAAGGAAGAAGAGGAGGCAAGAAAAGUUUAAGCAAAAAGGGAGCAACGGAAAUGAAGGCGAAACAAGUGACGAGAAAACAGAAGGAAACAAAACAGACUCAACAAACAUCAAUGGGGAUAAUGUCAAUCUUGGUAAAGAAAGUGGAACAAAGACAGAAGAGGGUAAAACUGAUAUUGCCAAAGAUGGGAAAAGCGACGAGAUGGAAGUUGAAGAAGAGAAAACCGAGAGCGAAGCAGACUCAACAAACUUCAAUGGACGAGAUAACGCCAAUCUUGGUAAUAAAAAAGUACCAAAAGGAGUUGAAGAGGGAACUGAUAUUGUCAAAGAUGAAAAACACGACAAGAUGGAAGUUGAUGAGGGUAAAGUCGGAAGUACUGAAGAGGAAGUCGUUAAAGAAACCAAACGUAGAUUGGUUGAAAACCAAGUAUCCAGCUCUUCUGAUUCCGGCCCAAAAAAGUCAAGACUUGAAAACGUUCCUUCUGGUUCCAACCCAGUAAGUUCCAGAAAAGACCCGAUCCUCUACGGUUCGUUGGUGGUGAGAGGUAAGGGUGACGGGAGCUCCGUAGAGGUGACGUGGCUCAAGGGAACAGGAGGCAGAGACUGCGCUCAUCAGGUGCUUCAGUAUCUCAAAAACAAUUUUGAUCCCAAUGAUGUCGGACAAUAGUCAUUUGUCCCGUCUUUGUUGAUAGAUAAUUUUGUGCUGUUACAGAAACGUUUUCACUUGUCUUUAAACGUUUAAAGUUUACGAUAGAUAGGUUUAUGAAUCUAACCUUCAGAUUAUUUAAAUGAUGUAUGGUAAUCCACAAAUCACCCUUAAAAACUAGUUUUGAUUUUAAAUUGGUUACAUCUUCAGGCUUUUAUGUCCAGCUGAUUUUGUAAGACAUAAUCAUCCUAGACUUGAGUCUUCUAUGUAACUAGUUGACAGCUUACAUUUGUUGACUACCGUAAGUAUGUUUUAUAUAUGGUACACCAUUUCCAAGAUAAGUUUAGUUUGAAUUUUUCAUACAGUGUUAUCUUAUUUUGAUUCAAGUGUAUAUAUUAUUUUCAGUUAUUGAAGUUAUGUAUAGUUUUAUUUACAUGCGUAAAAUAUGUUUGCGGUCAGUUAUUUAUUUGUUACUUAUCAAGCUUUGUAUGUUUUGGUUUUGCCAUGAUAAUCUUUUAAUGAGAAGUAAAAAGUUUAUAAUUUUUGUAUUAUAGAGUUUUGUUUUAUGUUUUUAAUUAUUUUGGCAUUACAUCCUUGAAAACAAACAAAACUUUUAACGAGAGGAAGAUUUUACUUACUAUUUGUUAGAUACUGCUCUUUGUACAACAAAACAGUUGAUACUGGACUAUUCCCAUUACUGUUGCCAUCUUAUUUUUGGCAUUAAUAAAAAGAUUUGAACAUGGAAUGUAA